UAUUUUAAAGGCAACAGCAACCUCGCUAAUCAGAUUUACGCUUCUAUUUUGCGUCUACAAAUGGGCUUCUAGCACAAUAGGGAAUACGACGUUUGUGCAGUAUGUGCUUUAGGAAGACGCAGUAACAGCGUUCCAAACCUAAAACUAAAUGUGUUAAACUCUGCAUAAAGACGUUUUAAUUGCACUUUUUUGAUUUGACUAAACCUACUCAACCGUUACCGACAGAAUAGUAGAAGGCCAGGGACUCGACCACUCGGUUCCACCUGCCCAGUCAGCAAUUCAAAUAGUGUUUCGUGUGUAGAUUAAAAUUAAGGUAAUCACUGUAUUCACAGCAGCUUUUAAAAUAUUUGAGUGUACCCACAUUUGGGCUGAAGAUGCACCUUUUCAGUGCUUGACAUUGUAACCUUCCUCGUGGUAUACUGUGUAGAUAUGCCUGACGGUGCGUUGCGGUAAGUCAAGGGUAGACAUUGCCCCAUAAAACCUGUCUGUGACACACAAUUAAACGGUGCGACCUCCCUUAAAAUCACAUGAUGGCAGCGUAUAAAGGGAGGUUCUCCGAGUAAGAAGCCUACAUACAUUAGCGGCGAACACAGCAGGCUACACAUACAGAAAGAAGACAACGGUUGCCCAAAUCGCAGAAUCAGAGAUGCAGUCGCUGGUGAAACACAACUACCACCCAGAAUGUGAGGCGGACAUCAACAAAUUGAUCAACACCAAGCUGGGCGCAUCCUACACGUACCUGGCCUUGGGGAUGUUCUUUGACAGGGACGAUGUGGCCUUGCCCAGCUUCUCCAGCUUCUUCCUGGAGCGCUCUGGGAAGGAGAGGGAGCAUGCGGAGACCCUGCUGGAGUACCAGAACAUGAGGGGGGGAAACGUUCUGCUUCAGACCGUAGCAAAGCCCAGCAGAGAGGACUGGAAGGGAGGUCUCGAUGCGAUCUCCUUCUCUCUGGACUUCCAGAAGUCACUGAACUCCUCCAUCCUGGAGGUGCACCGCCGGGCCGGCUCACACACCGACCCUCACCUCUGUGACUUCCUGGAGCAGCACUUCCUGGACGACAGCCACAAGACCAUGAAGCAGCUGGGAGACUACGCCGGCAGCCUGGGCCGACUGGUCUCCUCCCAGACUCAUGGAGCCAUGGGAGAGUACCUGUUUGACAAGCACACUCUGUGAGGCUCCCCUGGCUCAGAUGACCUGGGGAGCUGCCGGACAGAAUCCCCCUCUCCUCUCACCCUUCGUCUCCCCUCCUCUCCUCUUCACCCCCCCUCCUCCUCGUGCCACCUUCCCUCUGUGCUCACAUCUCAGCAGUGACACCUCCAGGUUAGUCUAUCAGCAAUAACCCCAUACCUCAUGUAUAGUAUAUACACUCAACACCCAGAACUGACAACUAAAGCAAAACAAUACCUAGAUACCUCAACAAUAUCCUGUUUACCAGUGCUGCUGAAACAUCGGUGUGAUGUUCCAGUGUUUGUCAAAUGAGCAAGCAUUCCAGCAGUAUAUGCUACUUUGUACUCUGCAUUCCUUCCCACCUUCCAACUCUCCUGUACUGUCAACCUCAUACUCAAUAUUCUAAAUCUGAGAUUGGUACAUUUUAAGGAUUUCAGAUCAAUGUAAACAAAGUCAAAUUUAAUAAAAAAGAAGGAUUAUA